AUGCUAAAUAGAAGGAUUUCAGCUAAAAGUGCUGGAUUGAUCCAGCUUGCACUCAGAAAUAGAUAUGUGGCUAGUCAGAUAGCUGGGAGCCGCUCCAAUUUGUCAAGACCUACUAAUAUCACUCAAAACCAUCUUUACAAUAUAUCAUCGUUUUCUACUAGCUCAAGGUCCAACAAUGCCAAUGCUAGUGCUGCCAUCAUUAAUGAAUCCUUGGACAGUGCUGUAAAGCCUCCUGCUCCAAUAUCCAAAAUGAGGAAACCAACACCAGAUUUCAAACCUCGACUUGAAGAAUUCAAUAAGGUGUUAGACGAAAUGGUCGAAAAAUCACCAUAUGACGGGUUUGAAUUUUUAACUGCUAACCUUGACAAUUUAAACAAGACCUUACGUCUUCCUUAUUACAGAUACUUGCAAUUUAUUGGAAAGACCUUAAAGAAAUUAUUAGCCAAAAGUCUUGAAGAAUCCAAAAACCCAACUGGCACUAAUUUAUCUGAUCCGGAAAAGAUUUUCGAAUAUUACGUAUCACACAAGAUGGCAAGUUAUGAUUGUUACCUUUCAAUGUUGCACAAUUAUAUUCUCUCAGAUCAAUUAGAAAAGUCCAUUGAAUUGUAUGCCAAAUAUGUGGAGAAUAACCAAGGUAAAGAAAUGGGUUUUAGAAUUCAGAUGGCUGGGUACAUUUCGUAUCUUUUAUAUAUCACAAAGAAUGACAUCAAAUUAGAUGUUAAUUAUAUUCAAAAGGUAUUCCCAUUUGAAUCUGCUCCAUUUCCUACUGUGGUUAUUAACACCCUCAAAAACAUAAAGGCUGUUACCGACAAAAAACUCUUGGAGCAGGUUCGUAAUGCUGCCAACUCAGUUUUCAGCGCAAAUAUUGAUGUCAAUGACCCAAAAAUCUAUAGUGAAAUGAGAAGCCUUGCCGAAAGUGGUUUCAUUAGUGAAGUCGGCUAUAAAUUGGAAAAAUUGAGAAGAGCUGCUGCCCUCAAAAAUGAAAAAUUGCCAGAAACCUUCUUCACCGAAGGUAUGAAUAUAUAUUCUAGAGCCAAUGUUGGAGCGAAAUCCUUGUUCUUGUGGAAUGAAAUGAUUUCUUCAGGUAUCAAACCUUCAGUUGAAUCCUGGAAUGCCCUUAUUGUUGCCGUUUCCAAGAAAGGUGACAAAUCUGACAGAAAAAAGUACAUCGAUGAAGUUUUCAAAAGAUUGACAGACGAAGCUCAGUUGAAACCAAAUGCUAAUACUUAUUGUGCUCUUAUUAAAUCAUAUGCUAAUGUUCGUGAUUUCGACGCUAUUGAGGAGGUUUUUGAGAAAUUGGUUAAAGAAAAACUCGUACCAGUCACUCUUAAAGUGAAAUGUGAAUAUCUUAGAGGGUUAGCUUUGAAAGAUGUUGAUAGAAGUUUUGGUCUUUGUAACAAAUGGAUUGAAAAUAAUGAGUUUAUUCCAGACGUUCCAUUGAUUAACACUUACAUUGAGGUUUACGUCUCUACAAGGCAAUUUGAAAAGGCUUCACAAGCAUUGGGAUUAAUUGAAUCUUUGAAAUUGAAGCCAGAUGUUGCUACUUACACCAUCAUUUUACACAUGUUAUUCUCGCAAACCAGAUCCCGUGGUGAAGUUGUGAAUCAAAGUGCCCUUAAGGACUUUUUGAAAGAGAUGACUAGCAACGAUCUUUCCAUGAAUUCCGUUACUAUUUCUUUGAUGAUCAAUGGUUUGAUGAAAGAUGGUAUGAAUUAUGAGGCUGGUCGCUCGUUGUUUGAUUACUUUCAACGCCAUUACCCACUCACCAGAACACACUACUCUUCUAUGAUUCAAGGUGAAUUUCAAGCUAAGAAUCAUGAUGGUGCUGAAGCAUUGUUUGAAAGAUAUAUCAAAACUCACAAGAAGAUUAACAACAAUGUUCAAAUGUACAACAUGAUUAUCAAUGAAUUCACUAAGGCUGGAAAAUACAACAAGGCUUAUGAAUGGUUGGUCAGAAUCAAGACUGAUACCAAAGAUAGUAUCAAGCCAAACCAUUUCAGUUAUUUCUUCCUUAUGAAUGACCUUGAUAAACAAGAUAAUGUCGAAUUAGCUCAACUCGUGGUCAAUAAUUUGGCAGAAAAUACUACAUUGAAUCAUUACGGUAAGAGACUCCCUGGAGUCCUUACCAGUUUGCAAAAGAAGGGGGUAAAGGUUCCUGAUAGUGUUUUCAAUGUGGCUCAGAAGGAACAUACACAAAAGGAUCAAUAA